CGUUGUGUUCAGAAGUGCUGCACGUUCAGCGCUUUCUCUAAUUAUAAAAGUAUAUUUUUUAAAGUAAGCCACACAUAACUAUACCAGAAAUUAAUGUGGAGAGUUAAAAGAGUAUCUAUUUUAUUUAUUGAGCCAUCACAAAUCUAAGAAAUAAGUGACUUUUUCAGUGUAUGUUGUGUGUGUGUGAUUUUUUGGGUGGAAAAGAGGAGUUUAUUCGUCAAUUUUGUAUGCUGCCGUGUAUCUUCCUCCCUUUUUUCCAUCGCGCCCAAAGUGUGUGUUAUAUACAAAGACCGUCGAAGGAAAUUUUGCGCUGCCACAUUUUAUAUAGGGAAAAGUUGUCGAUUUUCUUUUAAGCACUUCGACCGAAUUAUAUUCUCAAUGCAAAAAUUAAGUGUUGUCAAAUGAAGAUGAAGCCCAAAUGUGUUCAAUAAGGAAAAUAUCGAUGAUAUGAGGUGUGAAAAUACUUCGUGUUGGGAGUAUCAACGUAAUACAGUUUUUGUAGUAACUUUUCUCUGAGAGAAAUAGAACAAGAGACAAAGUGCUUUGGCUGGUGGACUCUUUAUAACGUGUCCCCCAACACCUGUACGACGGGCAUGGACUAUUAGUAGUGUUGUAAAUGAAUUUUACUAAAAAAAAAAAGAGUUUUUAGCGUGAAUGUGUGACAAAGGCGGCUCACGGGGAGCUGAGGAAAUAGUGGUGGAUGUGAAGCCAUCAGAAAACUGAGGAAAGAAGGGCGAUCAAGGCAUUCCAGCAGUUGUUGUAUGUCUGUCCCGACUUUGCACGUGCCAAUGAAGUCCACCUGCGCCUGGGGCUUAUGUUUAAGGUGAAUGGUGACUACGAGACAGCACUGAAGCACCUGCAACUCGCCUAUUUGGACUCAUCCUCACCCACUUUAUCGUCAAAACUUGAAAUCCGUUUUCACAUUGCUCAUCUGCAUGAAGUGCAAUCAAAGCAUAAGGCGGCGAAAGUGGCGUAUGAGCAGUUACUUAACGAAAAACAGCUGACACCGCAACUAAAGGCAGAUAUUUAUAGGCAGAUAGGAUGGAUGUACCAUUCAAUUGAUUCGUUGGGAGAGAAGCGAGCACGUGAGACAUUUGCCAUUCACUACCUGCAGAAGUCAAUAGAGGCGAGUCCAACAUCGGGACAAUCGCUUUAUCUACUCGGCCGGUGCUUCGCGGGCUUGAAUAAGGUGCACGACGCAUUUAUUGCGUAUAGGAAUUCGGUGGAGAAGAGCGAAGGCAACGCGGACACAUGGUGCUCCAUUGGAGUGCUGUAUCAGCAGCAGAAUCAACCUAUGGACGCACUUCAAGCGUACAUAUGUGCUGUACAAUUGGAUAAGUCUCACAAGGCGGCUUGGACGAACUUGGGUAUUUUGUACGAGAGCUGCAGUCAGCCGCGUGAUGCCUUUGCGUGCUUCUUGAAUGCUACACGCACACAACAGCAGUCGCAAGAGACACAAUCGGUGACGAGUGUUGGCGGUGGUCAGACACCGAUUGGGAAAUUGAAUAAUUUGCAGCAGAGGAUAAAAUUUCUGCAGUCACAACUGGCGCACGCUCCUAUGCCGAGUAUAACGUCCAAGAGACGCCAAUUGCCCUCGAUUGAGGAGGCGUGGAAUCUACCAAUAUCGGCAGAGAUGAGUUCAAGGCAGCAGCAGCAGCAGAGCGCCCAGGCGAAUCAUCAUCAGCGGCAGUUUCAGAAGACACCCACAGCCGGCGGACAGCAGCAAGUGAUUGUGGGUCCACCGCCGCCCUAUCCCAAUGCCCAGGCGCCGGGUGGGGGUGGCCCCAUUGCGUCUAAGCGCUUCAAGACGGAGGAAGUGGCGGGACAGCGACGUCCCGGACAACCGUCGUUUUAUCUAACACAGCAGCAACUGCAGAUGUUGCAGUAUCUUCAGCAGAAUCAAUCGAAUUUGCCACCGCAUCAGCAAGAGUUGCUGCAACAACUCACACAGCAGUACCGCAUGAUGCAGCAGCAUCAGCUGAGAUUGCAGCAACAGAGGGCACAGCAGGGUGGGCAGCAACCUGUAACACGACCGGGACAUUUUCCCGGCCAACAAACGAGCAAUGGGACGAGUUUUCAGGCGCAGCAAAGGACUCCGCCCUCGGGAACCGUGGCACAGACGGGUUUCGCCGAUAGCACAGGCAAUUUCCCGGCUGCCACAGGGCAUACACAGCCGGCGGCGGGAAUGCCAUUCAAGGCUGCCAGUGGGAAUCAAUCCAUGUCAAUUCAUCAGGACUUUGUGGCGAAUUCUGCCUCACCAAUAGUCACCACCAGUCAAUCGGACUUGGGUGUGACAGAUCAGGAGUUGAAGGCGAUACUGUCACAGAGAGAUAUUGCCACCACGCUGGCGGAAGAUUUGCUGAAGCAAUUCGGAUCGGAUGACAUUGAGAUCAAGGAGGAGGUGCCGGAUGUUCCUACUUCGCUGGCCACAACGCCUGUUUCUGUGGUGGCGGACAGCACGACAAAUCCACAAAAGUCUCCACCGAUGAAAUGUGAGGUGACAUCGACAAGUAAUCCUGUGAAAACCAUCAUUCCAAAGCGUGAGAUCAAGAUGGAGCCAGUGCUGAAGAUUGAGAAACUCUUUGAGGGUGAUCAGAAACCGAGAUUCUCCAUUGAGAUGGACUCGAAGCAGAUUAUGGAGAUGUGCAAAUCAAUUGAUAGCAAACAACCUCCGCCGCCUUGCUGCAUUUUGGCGCCGGAUACACCACCUCCGAGUCCACCGGAUUGUCCACCACAGCGUCUGUCGCGCGAACAGCUGCAACCGCCGACGCCAUCGGUGCACUUGGAGAACAAGAAGCACGCUUUCAGUCCGCAACUCCAGGAGUUCUGUCUGAAGCACCCAAUUGCUGUGAUACGCGGCAUGGCGGCAGCCUUGAAGCUCGAUUUGGGUUUGUUCUCCACCAAGACACUGGUGGAGGCGAAUCCGGAUCACAGUGUCGAGGUGAGGACGCAAAUGCAUCAGUCGUCGGAUGAGAAUUGGGACAUUGGACAGGCGAAGAGAGUGUGGGCGUGCAUUUCCCAUAGAUCACACACGACAAUUGCAAAGUAUGCCCAGUAUCAGGCGUCCAGUUUUCAAGAUAGUCUGAAGGAUGAACGUGAUAAAACUGCUGGAAUACACAAUUUUUCAGACUCCGAUUCCAAAGAUUCAGUAAGCAAUAAUGGUACCAAUGGAAAGAAGAAGAAACUCAAGAAUAAUUCCAAAACACUCAGAUUUGGCACGAAUGUCGAUCUGUCGGAUGAGCGCAAGUGGAAGCCGCAGUUGCAGGAGUUGCAGAAGUUACCAGCGUUUGCACGUGUUGUGAGUGCCGCCAAUAUGCUGUCGCAUGUUGGACAUGUGAUUUUGGGCAUGAACACGGUGCAGCUGUACAUGAAGGUGCCGGGCAGUCGGACGCCGGGUCAUCAGGAGAACAACAAUUUCUGCUCGAUCAACAUCAAUAUCGGUCCUGGUGACUGUGAGUGGUUCGCCGUGCCGGACGCUUACUGGGGUGGCAUUCACGCUCAAUGUGACAAGAAUAACAUCAACUAUCUGCACGGAUCGUGGUGGCCGCUGCUUGAGGAUCUCUAUAAGGCCAAUAUUCCGGUGUAUCGAUUCAUUCAGCGUCCUGGUGAUCUUGUCUGGGUGAAUGCUGGCUGCGUUCAUUGGGUGCAGGCCAUUGGAUGGUGCAAUAAUAUCGCGUGGAAUGUGGGUCCGCUCACGGCGCGACAGUAUCAAUUGGGCAUUGAGCGAUAUGAGUGGAAUAAGCUGCAGAGCUUUAAGAGUAUUGUGCCAAUGGUGCACCUGAGCUGGAAUCUGGCCAGGAAUAUUAAAGUGUCCGAUCCUAAACUCUUCGAAUUAAUCAAAAACUGUCUUCUGCAAACGUUAAAGAAUGUUAUGUUGACGCUGGACUACGUUAAGGCGAAGGGAAUUGAAGUGAGAUUCCAUGGACGUGGAAAGAAUGAAGCAUCUCACUACUGUGGUCAAUGCGAACUGGAAGUCUUCAAUGUGCUGUUCAUUCGGGAGCAGGAGAAACGCCAUGUUGUUCACUGUAUAGGCUGUGCUCGGAAGCAGACGCCUUCGCUGCAAGGCUUUGUCUGCCUCGAGGAAUAUCGAUUAAGUGAACUCACGCAAGUUUAUGACGCUUUCGUUCUGCAUCCGCCGCCGCCGCAACAGAUCGUUGCGCCCGUCGUGGCGACGACGUCGUCGUCGUAACAGCUGGAAUUGGAUGAAUUUCCAUCAUCAGAAGAGACGCAGGCUCAUUUUACUGAAGUGUUUCUUGCAACGUCUUUUUUACUCAACGGAUAAUAGAUGAGUGCUCAGAAGAGUAAGUGAAAAGAAAAGAAUCAUAUUGACAAGUCUUUCUUGAAGAUCUUUAUAUUGUAUUAGAAUUAUUCUUCAUGUGUCACACGUAUUUCUAAAAUUAAUUUAUUGUGUCCUCAUUGAUAAAUCUUUAGAUGUGAAUAUUAAUUAUGCGAUAAAUAACUGAUAAAUCCAUAAUUAGGUGGAAAAGUCUUCUUUUCUGUUAUAUGUAUUUAUUCGCUAGGAUGAGAGUGAAAUUGCGUAGAUGAAUGACAAGAAGUAUUCAUAAGAAAUAUAAGUAGGAUUUAUGGUAAAACUAGUGGAAGUAUAAGAGUGAAAUGGAUGAGCAAAAUAUUCGCAAGUAAACUUAUUUAUAUAAAUUGAUGAAAAGAAGGAGUUUAGAUAGUAAGAUUAUGUCCAUUUUAUUACCUCAUGAAGAAUAUUUAGAGAGUAAAUUAGUCACACCAUUAUUUUCUCAUAUGAAAAUACUAUAUUGAAUAAUAAGUAAAAAAGAAAGAACAGAAAAAGCUGAAGUACGGGAAAUCAUCUGGAGAAAAAAAAACAAGUAAUCUACGAUUUGUAAGUUAACACAAAAUAGUUUUUAGGCUAAUAAAACAACUAGGUGAAAAAUGAAGCAAUUUCGAUAUUACGGGCAACAACUGAAGAAAAGAAGAAAUAAUUUGCAAACGAAAAUAUCUUAGAAGAAUGAAGAAUAGAAACCAAAAAAAAUGCACGUCGAAAUUUACAGAAUGGAUUCUUUUUUAAUGUAUUUCGAGAAAAAAAACAAAGGGUAAAAACUUGAAAAAUGACUGCAAAAUUGGAAAAUGGUGUGUUCACUAAAUUAUCAAAUUAACGAAAUAAGUUCUCGUGGACAAAAAUAUAGUGUUAAUUUAUGUAAAAUGUUUAAUUAUUGACAAAAAAAGAUGAAGCAAGAGUUGCGGAAAAGGGCGGAAAGUGAAGAGAAGAGAGGAUGAAAUUACGAAAAGUACCACCGCUUUAUAAAAAAUGAUGACGAAGAAAUGAAUAGUGAAAAGAAUACGUGAAAUGACGAAGAAUGAUCCUUGUAUAGAAAACUAUUAAAAUUGCGAUCUCAAUAAAGAAGAAAGUUUUUUUUUCUUUCUAAGAAAAUUAUAGGUAUUUUGAGUGUGUGUGUGUGUGUGUGUAAAUAGUUAAAUUAAUUGAGAAGAAGUCUUUAAAUGAGUAAGGAAAUGAGUGGAGAGCGAGAAAAAUCGAAAAAAAUGUUGCGAAAGCACGACAAAAAGUGAAUAAGAAAAAAUGUAUAAAAUUAGCGUUAUCUCGGCACAAAGCUAAAGAGAAGGAUCUACUUUAUUAAAAAAUUGGAUGAAAUUCUUUUUGAACAUAUUGAAAAAUUUAAUGUUAUUUUGGAGAUACUAAGCGAAGGUGAUGUAAGAUUGGAUAUGGAUAAAUUGCAAAAAGUAAUACUAUGACCAGUGUUCACUGCCAAUAUAAAGUGUAAAGGACAAAAAAGCAUGAAAUAUAAAAUUGAACUAAGAUAUAAAACUGUACAGUAAAAAAAAAGAAGAAACUCGAUGAAAGGUUGCAAAGAGCAUGAAAUAAUUGUACAUAUUUUUCUCUUUAAACCUAAUUGGCAAAAAUGUUCUAUUGGAAAAAUAUCAGAUUAUCUGGAGUAAUAAAUAUAUCACCAAUUUGGCUACAUUUUAAUCUGUAUAAAUCUGUUUUCAAAAGGAUGAAGAGAAAGGCAAAAAAUGUAGAAUUACGCAAAAGUAUCGCAAAAUUAAUGGGAAAUAUUAUCCAAAAAAAAUGGAUGGAAAGUAGAAUGAUUAGAAGUUGUGUAUUUGUGAAAAUAAAUCGGAUUAGCGUUGGCUUUUGCAAAGAUUCAUUCGAUAAAGUGUACUUUAGAAUACAUUUUAAGUGUAAAGAAGUACAUUUUGUUGAUUGUGUUUCUUUGCAAUGCAAAUCAUUUUGAUGUGAGGCGAAAGAUAUGAAAAGCAUCUCCAAAAAAUAUUUUUUCUUUUGUUUCUUACUCAGCAAAAAAGUGUCUACAGGUGAAUUUUGUAAUUAAGCAAAAACUAUCGCGAUAUUUGGCAAAUAGGGUAAAGGAAAAAGAGAAACAGACAGAAUUAGCAGGAAAAUGAAUCACACUCAAUUGCAAUAAUAAAAUAUAAAUUCUCUUCUGCUGAAAAAGUCUCGAAUUCACUGCCAAAACAAAUUCAUAGUUAAAAUAGCAGCUGAAAGUUAGAAAAAACUGUCCACUAAAAACGAUGAAAAACAAAACAAAAGAAUCUAAGAGGAAGGGAAGGAAAUGUAAAAACUUCUAUGUGCCUUUUCCUUGGAUAUAUUUCUUCUGGAUGUCGAACAAGAAGCAACAGAGUUCUUUAUACAAAUCCUUUUUGAUACUCAAACCCACUAAAGUAUGAACAGAAGCGCCAUAGAAAUUAACUUAUUAAACUCAUUAAGCGAUUAGUGAAAAAAAGAAAA